CAAAGCAAACCCAAGCUUUUUGAGUUCGUCCGUCCGUUCGAUCGAUCGAUCGAUCGGCAUCCUCAGUUUCAAAACAAAGCUGACCGCCUGGAUUCGGAUUGUGUCGAGUCAACCCCAAGCCCACUCUUUCUCAACCCCGUCGACUGGUUGAUCCGAUCCCGUCACUUCGCCCUCGCCCAUGGAGGUGGCCGAGGCGCCGUCCAAUCCUCAGCCGGCGGACUCGCCCCCAAGAGUAGUCGGAGUGGACUCGGCCCAGGCCCGUCAGUCCGGGGUUCCACCCUCCGAAAAGCCGGUCUCCAAGGUCACUUCGCGCCUGGAUCAGGUGCUGAGCCAAAUUGCCGGUGACGAAGCUUGGGCUCCGCCAUCCACGGGCGAUUCGGAUUCGAACACCAUCUUUGAGGAUCGGGUGCGCCCGACCGUCCGGGCCCGUGUCACCGUCGAUUGGCAAUGCUUGAACCCGUUGUGCCCGUCCGGGUCCGUGGGCAAGUCCAGCCUGAUCACGGCCUCGCGAUUCCUGACCGAGUUCUUCGCCGUCAAACUGGACGGCCAACGCAAACGCAAAGUGUGUCCGCGAUGUCGGGAUCAGGCCGAACAAGCCCGCCAUCGCAUGGUGGAGCGCGCGCGUCAAGGCCAGCUGUGUCUGUGGGCCGGUCUACCCACGCCCCGCGAUAUGGUGACCCUGGAUGAUUCGGACGAGGAGACAGUAACCGACUCGUCCUCGGAUGAAGAGAUAGACCUGACUCUGAGCGGGGACCCGCCCACCGCCCAUAUGGUGCGCUCCCUCUUAAACCAGGUCUUGACUGAGAGCCGACUCCAGGAGCAGGUCGAUCAGGCCAUUGAUCACAUUGAUGCCCGCCUCCAAGCCACUGAAGUGGCCAUGACGGAGACCAGCCUUCAGUUCCAAGCCAUCGAGCAGCAGGUGGAUGACAUGCGCCAGGCCUUGUAUCAACCCUUCCGGCCGCAAAUGUCAUUUCUACCUCCGCUCGACCUUAAUCAAGCCGAUGAAGAGGCCGAGCAACAAGCCCACUUGGGAUUUCACGGUCGACAAGUAGCUUCCAAACGCACCGCGGCCGGUGGCACGCCGUCCAACCUGCCCAAGUCCACGGGCUUGAUGGUGUCGGAGCACAUCAACCCUGGGGUAGCUUCUUUACCGCCCAUGGGUCAACUCAAGCGACCGCUUUUGAAUAUCGGUGAUCGGGCCUUUGGCAUGCGCGGGAAUAUUCUCAGUGUUUGGAAGGUGGGUGAAGUCAUCGAAAUUCAGAAAGACGGCAAGGAAGCUGAACCCACGUAUAAGCUCCGUUUUGAAGGAUCCGGCCCGGGCCGUCCGAGAAAUAAUCAAGUUAAAAUGUUAGCCUUGAAGCACAUGGCCUUUCAUAAUCCCGCGCCCGUUCGGCUCCCAGUGGGCACUCGCGUGAUCGCCGUUUAUCGUGAUUCCCGCAUACGAAUCUCCGAGAUGUACUCAGGCGUCGUGGCUGAACCGCCCAAGGUCAUGAAUCGCUUCCGCUACCUGAUCUUCUUCGACGAUGGUUACGCCUCUUAUAUUCAUCACGAGGACAUUCGGGUAGCUUGCGCUCAAAGCAAAGACGUUUGGGAUGAUGUUCACCCGAACAGCCGGGAAUUCAUCAAGAAGUAUUUGCAACAAUAUCCCGAAAGACCGAUGGUCAAGUUGAACGUUGGUCAGAUUGUUCGCACGGAAUGGCAGGGUAAAUGGUGGAUCACCAAGGUCGUAGACGUGGAUGCCUCUCUUGUAUUGCUCGUGUUCCAAGCGGAUAAACGAACCGAAACCAUUUAUCGAGGCUCCACACGGUUAGGGCCGCUCUUUUUGGAGCUUCAACAACAGAAACGUCGCGAAGAGAAACAAGCUGGUACCGGACAUCAGAAACGGAUGCGAUGGGGAGGCCCCUAUGUGGAAUACACUCGACAGUCGGAUGCAAUCGCCGAUGCUGCGGCAGUCGAAAAACGAGCUGUGGCUCGAAAAACCACGUCUAAACGUCCAGAAAGCACGGCCGAUCCCAAUUUCACGCCUCAAGUCAGAUGGGAAAGUAAAGGCGACAUCUUUCCCGCCGUCAUUAGCGACCUGCAAACACCCAAAGAAUUUACGUCACACGAUUGCAGUCCCUCGUGUCUCGGCGAAAAUGGCCAAUACCAAUACGACGAGAAAAAGCACAAAAAUAAUAACCCCUUCCUUAUUCCGAUUCUCCUCGGAUGGCGGCGUCUUCUCACCAAGCAUAGAAAUCAUGGGCGAAGGACCAUUUUUUACUUGGCUCCUUGUGGUCGCCGCAUCCGAACGUUGGAGGAGAUUCUCAAGUAUCUGCGAAUCACCGGAUCUCUCCUCGAAAUCGACUUAUUCACGUUCGACUGGUGGGUGCACAUAUACAAUGAGUUUAAACCAGAGCGCGAGCUCUGCAGCAUCAAAGACGUCUCUUACGGAAAAGAGAACGUGCCCAUCUCUUGCGUGAACUCGUUGGACAAGAAUUUCCCGGAAUACGUGGAGUACAGUCGAGUCCGGCUUCCUCAAAAGGACGUCAACAUUAACACAGAUGAAAACUUUCUUGUGUGUUGUGACUGCACGGAUGAUUGCCAAGACAAAAGCAAAUGCGCAUGCUGGCAGCUCACCAUUCAAAACACGGCAGCAUCUCCGGAUGGGGAAACGAAUCCCAAUGCCGGCUACUCUUAUCGACGACUCCAUGAUGUUGUGCCAACGGGUAUAUUUGAGUGUAAUUCUGGAUGUAAGUGCAAGCAAACCUGUAUGAAUCGCGUGGCACAGAACCCACUCAGAAGUAAACUCCAAAUAUUCAAGACCGAGCGCCGUGGGUGGGGGAUUCGAACCCUGUGUGAUAUCCCUGAAGGUACCUUUCUCUGCAUUUAUGUUGGUAAUCUCUAUUGCACUGAGGAGGCCAACGUUCACGGACAGAACUUUGGCGAUGAGUAUUUCGCUGAGUUAGACAUGAUAGAAACGGUGGAAAAGCAAAAGGAAGGCUAUGAAAGCGACUACGAUGAUGAGGAGUGCGAGAUCCUGAGCACCUAUAACGAAUCAGAGAGUGCGGCCUCCACGGAGGAUGAAGACGAAGCCAAUGGUCAAGAGAAACUCAGGAAGGAUGAGUUGGGCGGAUUUCGCUCCAAAGCUACCCCUUUGGGUGUCAGUCAAGAUCGACCAACGAGAACCACGAGAAAGAAGACUCAGGAUGGGUUCAGAGAGAACGGUGACUCUGACCACCAAUCGCUCAACAGGAAAACCGAUAAGGUCAAAGAAACAGCGGACAAACCCAAAUUCAAGUCUACCCGUUUAUAUUUUGGCGACAAGGAAGAUGUUUACAUCAUGGACGCCAAAUCUAUUGGUAACAUUGGGCGUUACCUGAAUCACUCGUGUACGCCUAAUGUCUUUGUACAAAAUUGUUUUGUGGACACUCAUGAUCUUCGUUUCCCUUGGGUGGCUUUUUUCUCCUCAACGUACAUCAAAGCUGGACAGGAGCUCUGUUGGGACUACUGCUAUAUCGUAGACCAAGUGAAAGGCAAAGAGAUCUAUUGCCAAUGUGGUUCAGACCAAUGUCGUGGAAGACUUCUGUAAUUCAGGUAAUAUCAAUUGACACAAACGUGGGCUGCAUUACCAAAUCCUCGAAUAGAUCGUUCAUUUCCAAUGCAAUCGUAACUAUUUCAUGACAAACGGGGACCACGUCUCUUAAAUAUACAAGCAUGUCGUAUGAACCCCAA